AUGCUUUCCCUGUCGAGGGCGCUCGGGAGGCGGCUCUUCUCCUCCGCGGCAGCCGCGGUCGAAGGGGGCGCCGCCGCCUCGACGUCGGUGGUCAGGAAGGCGCAGAACCCCCUCGAGGAGUUCUUCGAGGUCGAGCGGAGCGCCGCAGACGACCAGGCCCGUCCCCACUACGGUUCCAGUGAUGGCAGCUUCGGUAAUAAGGGUUCAAAGUUCGGCGCUAUAUUGAUUGGGCAAGCAGCUGUUUUUAUUGGCCUGAGCAGCAACGCUCUAUUGGCUCAAGAUGAUUCGGUCGCUCCAGCAGAUUCAAGUGAGCAAGCUGAUGCAAAUGCUGCUGGUCUACGCCGUAUUGAAGAUGGUUCAGUGAUCUCAAAUGAGCACACGAUCAAAUGGAGAAUGUGCACCGAUAAUGCCCGAGAUUAUUUCCUGAAAGGAAAAUUAGCUGAAGCUGAGAAGUUGUUCAAGGCAGCUCUGCAAGAAGCUAAAGAAGGAUUUGGACUGAGAGAUCCACAUGUUGCAUCAGCUCUGAACAACUUGGCGGAGUUUUAUAGGUUAAGAAAAGAGUAUGAGAAAGCGGAGCCAUUAUAUAUGGAAGCAGUUGAAAUCCUGGAGCAAUCAUUUGGACCUGAUGAUAUACGGGUCGGAACAGCUUUGCGUAAUCUUGGGCAGUAUUAUCAUAUUCAGCGCAGGUUUGAUCAAGCUCAGACAUGUUAUGAGCGUGCUUUGAAGAUAGAAGGACGUGUUAUGGGGCUUGGUCACCCAGAUUAUGCAAAUACAUUGUACCUUCUUGCCAAGGUAUUACGUCAACAAAGAAAAGGAAAUGAUGCAGAAGCUCUUAUCCGAGAAUCAAUUAGGAUACUGGAGGAAGCUGGACUUGGCGAAUCACCCAAAUGCAUACACAGGAUGAGGUUUCUCUCUUUGGACUUGGUGAGGUCAAAGCGACUGGUUGAAGCUGAAAAUUUGCAAAGGAAGAUAUUACAUAAUCUGGAGCUUUCGAAGGGAUGGGAUUCCUUGGAUACUACAAUGGCAGCUGAAACCUUAAGUGUUACUCUUCAAACCAUCGGAGAGUUGAAGGAAUCGGAAGAACUAUUGGAAAGAUGCCUCGCAGUCAGAAGAAAGAUUCUCUCUGAAAAUCAUUUUGAGGUAGCAGGUAUAUUGGUACAGUUGGCAAGGCUAACUUUGCUUAAAAUUAUUAGUGACAUCAAGGUGAGCAAUGACCUGUCUAGAUCUCACCUUGUCAAGGCAAAACAACUUGUCAGUGAUUCAAUAAGGAUAACAGAAGGAAUAUUGAAUCCUUUGAGGGAGAAUCAGAAAAAACUGAAAAGCACAAUUGGUAUUGAAAGAGAGAAGAUUGGGGCAACAGCUGUACUUUUGCAAGCACUUGAAGUUGUCGGACUUCUUGAAGCUACAAGAAAGAGACAUCAAGAGCCAGUGUCUGAUUAUGAAAAUGCUGAACAAGCUCUGCGCAAGUGUAUUUCACUUUACAACGAGCCUUAUACACGAAAUGUGGUGUCUAAAUACCUCAGGCAGCAGUACGAGAGAUGCUUGAGGAGCCUCAUGCACAUUAUUCAGCACGAUCCAGACAUCUUGAAUGCGCCUGGGAUGCAUGAUCUGCUAGGUGAAUCACAGCGAAUAAUGAAGGAGUUGGAUGAAGAGAAAAAUACGAAGUGAUUUUUUUAUGGGUGAUAUGUAGUAGUCUGGUGACACAGAGGAAUAAGCAUGGCGUACAAAGUCUUACGGAUUUACGGCUUAUAGGAGAAACCGAAUUUCCAGAUCUUGCCAAGUGUAAGAUGUUAAGAGAUACAUGAUCAAUUUCAUUGGUUUUGUUUAUAGCGCUUAGACUAGUCACAAUGGAAAAUAUUAUAUAGUAGUAUGAUACUAGUGUAGAAUCUCAAUACAAAAGUGUGUAGCACAAGAUUUAUUUAGUAUUAAUUUUUCUAGUUCUACGUGCUAUGAUACGGUAUCUAGUUUACCACUA